CAUCUUUUUAGUACUGAUGUUGGAGCAAUCAGAGGAAUUGGAGCCGAUUUUGAUGGAGAAAUGCAAGGUGAAGGCGUCGUCGUCUUCUUCGGAGGGAGAGAUGUCGGAGGAAGAAGAGGAGAUGGAGCAGAGGCCGCCAACGUGGAUGAAUUACGGCGUGGCCUCUGGCAAAGGAGUCAAUGCAGGCGGUAGGAGGAUGCUUUCGAAGCAACUUUCGCUAAGGGAGACGAGGAUGGAGGCCAAGUGGGAGCAGCGGCGGAUGCAGGUCCUGCAGAGGAGGAAAAGCUCGGCGGCAGAGGAGCUCGAAAAGGAGCGGCGGCUUGCGAGGAUUCUGACCGACGAGGACAUGGACGAGCUGCGAGGGUCGAUCGACCUCGGUUUCAGGUUCAGCGAGGAGGACGGCGGGCAGGACCUCUGCAUGACGCUGCCGGCGCUCAAUCUCUACUUCGCCGUGAACCGUCAGCUGCCGACCCCCGGGUCAUCGACGGCGACCUCCUCUUCGUCGACGCUGGCCGGCCUUCCGAGCCCCCGGAGCCCCGCCAACGAGCAGGGGAUGGCCCACGCCCAGGCUUGGAAGAUUUGCAAUCCCGGCGACGAUCCAGAGCAUGUUAAAACAAGGCUGAAGCAUUGGGCACAAGCAGUGGCGUUCUCUCUCAGACAGAGUUGUUGAAUUAUUAUGAACCAAUGCAAAUUGUUUGGAAGCCAUAAUUAGAUAUGAAGUUGAUGUAAUCAUGUUCUUAAUACACAGCAACAACUAGAAAUUGAAGAGAAUUGUAUUUAGAUUAUCGAUGAAGAGUGGUAGUUGCGCUUUGCCUUCUCCGUUUUCCUAUUAGCAGCCUGAAUAC